AUGUGGAAACUGAACAAGAGCAAAGUGCUUCUGGAUGAUUCUCCUGAGGAAGAGGAGAGCAGAGGAGAGGGCAAAGCGCUGCCGUCUCCUCCGGCCGCCACGGCUGCUGCCUCCUCCAAGAACAAGGACCAGUUACUUCAAGAUCAAAUUACCUCCUCAGUGUCUCAACUUGCCACGAAGGUUCAGGGAGCCAGGUUCCGAGGUUGGAAAGAAGUGACCUCAAUGUUUAGUAAAGAUGAUGAACAGCAACUACUAGAAAAAUGCAAAUCUCCAAAGUUUAAAGGAACGAAAUUCAGAAUAAAAGAAGAUGUGAAGACUGAAGGGAAAUCUGGAUUUUGGGACAGUUUGGUGUUAAAACAGAAUAUGCAAUCCAAGAAACCAGAUGAGAUCGAGGGAUGGGAGCCAGCUCAGAUUAUUCUUGAAGAUCCAGCUACUGAUGUAGGUGACUCUUCUAGGGACCAUCUCUCCCGGCCAGGUUGGGAAGAUGAGACUAAAGGUUCCACUAAAUACACCAACUUGACCAGCUCAGGAAACACUUCCAGGUGGAGUAUCAAGUCAGCCGGAAAGUUGGUCAGCAUGAGACGGCAAAGCAAAGGUAAUCUUACUGAUAACUGGGAAGAAUUAGAGGAAUAA